AUUCCUUGCCCACUUUGGAAAUAAGUGGAAGAGAUAAGAAUUUGCUUCUCUCAUCUCUGGUUUGUCUCUCCCCUCUCUCACCAAUCUCUCUCUCCUACCGAUUGCCUCAGCGGUCCUCUCAUCUCCAUUUCUCGUAUGGUGGCGGAAUGACAGUGGCCGGUCACAGGUGACGGCGACCUCCUCCCUCCCUCUCUCUCUCUUCGAUCACAGAUGGAGUAAGGGCAGGCUCGUCAUUCACAUAUCCGACUCAGGGUGGAUUUGCCAACGAGGGGGUACCCGCAAUCGCUAGUAAUCCGGGACAUAGGUGGAUUUACAAUCCAGGAGAGCCAAAUCCCCCCACAAAUCCACCUGCGUUUUUUUCUUCCUAAACACCUAAUUUACGUGGGGCCAGGGCUCCAAAUCCGGGCGUAGAAAUCCGGGCUCCAAAUUCGGCAUCCAAACAGGGUGCUAGGGUUUCAAAUCUUCAAGGCGAAUCAUGGCAACUGCAUCAGGCAUGCCUUCUUCGAUCUCCCUUUUAUCAUCCUAUUGAUUUGCAGUUAUUUUGUAUGUGUUGCACAUGCGCAUGGUUCUAUGUUUUGAUUUGUUGAUCCUUUAUUGUUUAUGCUUAAAUGAAAAGUGAAUAUGCAGCUUUCAAUUUCGUCCUUCUAUUGAUUGGAAUUGGCCAAUUACGUUGUGUAUUAAUUAGAGAUUUUGUUUGUUUUUUAUGGACGAUGGUUCUGGGUGAAAUUUCUAAAGUGAUGCUAGGAGUAAUUAUUUCGUGUUAAUGGAUGACUUCAAACACACCAUGAAACCAACCACAGAACGAAACAACAAACUUACGUGGAAAACCCCAAAAUCGGGCAAAAACCACGGGAAUGAAUCAUGCACUAAAACAAAUGUACAAUUACAAGCAAUCUUAAUACUGACCGUGUAUCCUCACCACGAGUCCUAAGAUCUACCUGCCGAAUCCACGUUCAUCGUACCCUUGCGUGAUCGCCGAAUCCUGAAUCCUCAUGCCUUCCAAAGACGCCUUUCGAACUCCGUGAAAGGACUUAACUUCGAUUGAUCAUAGACAGAGAGAAACAACCUCUUUGAAGUUAGAACUUGUUGAACCGAGAUGUCCAAGAUCUCUUUAAGUCUUCAACGUCCACCAAAAACAAAACUCCCGCAAUCGUCACUACUGAGCUGUAAAAACGAGAGAGUUAAAUAAUUGCCAUGCUCGACCUCCUUUCUGAUGACCUAAUGGGUCGAUGCAAUUAAGGCCCCAUAAAUGCAUUCGAGCAAAAUAGAAAUCGGCCCACUAAGAAUUUUGUUUGGCUUUGGCAAAAUAUCCUAUUUUCCAACUCUUUCAUGAACUGGCCCAAUAAAAACUCUACUAACAUCUACCGCACUAAAAAACAAUACAAUAUAAUGAUUCCUUUCCACAUCCUAAACAGACGCUUUUAACCAAAAGAAAAAAAUUACAACUCGAUAAAAUGGGGAUACGUGGAAAGGUGUUAUUUGGUCAUGAACGUGCCAACCAAAAGGGAGCUCGGCCAAUGGAGCUUCACUGGGGAACUCGGCCAUGGGGAAUCGUAUUGUCUGUUUGUAAUUUUGGAACUUUUUGAGAUGAAAUUGCAAAGAUAUUGUUCUUCUAUAGUCUCUACUACUGUUAGGAGUAAGAUUGGAAUUGAUGCAAUUCGCAUCGUAGAAAUUAGCUACCGAAGUCUUCAGCGUUCGUACUCAUAAAUUUAUGAGGACGCAGAAGGUCUUUUCGUUUCGUAAAGAGUCUCAAGCAAUGGUGUGCAAAAGUUGGCUCUUUUUUUGUUUAUCUGAAUUUCUCUUUAGGAAAUUUAGGUUUUAAAGUACUACUUGUUCCUUCUAGAGUGUUCGGAUUUUAGAAUCUGAAUUUUGUAAACAUUUGCGGAAGUUAAUUUUCGAUUUUGGUAGCUAUUUCAGGACUGAAUGUCCAAUUGGUGGUGAAUGGACAGAUGGACAAAUAAGAGGGCAACGAGGAGAGAGGGAGAAGGGCAAAACGGUGGUGGUGGUGCUGACGUCACCCGUGAGUUCGAAAUGGAGGGCAAGGUGGGUACAAUCCAACCACGACGGUGGUUAUGGAGGAUUUGUCGGUGGUGGUUAUGGAGGAUUUGGUGGUGGUGCAGGGGAAAAGGUUCCAUUUUUGGGGGAAAAGUCGUUUUUGGGAAUGCAGGGACAAUUUUGGAAGUUUAAGGAAAUUUUCGAGGUUGUAGUUAACAAAUUGUCAUAAGAUUUGUGGGUUAGGCUUAGAACAGGCUACGUAUAAAAAAUUUGUGGUUGCAAAUAGCUCGGUGCAUAUAAAAUUGCGCGCUUUUUUAUAAAACGACACCGUUCCUCUUUACCAUCUCUUCUUCUUCCAUUUUGUUCGGUUACCUCGAAUUUCUUCUGUAGAUCAUGAAAACCUAAUCAAGAUCUAUUCCAUAAUUUGCAUCCAGAGCGCGCGUGCUCUCUCUCUCCUCGUUUGUUGUUCAUAGAAUAGCACUGUAUAAAUCCAAUCUUUUUGGAUCUGGAGAAAUGGGCAUCAGCAAAAUAGAAAUAAACUUAAGGAGACUGCUCGCGGCUGCACCUCAUCAACAAAAUCAAGCAAAGCUUCUACAUUAUGUUGCUACUUUAAGGGAACAAUUGGAAGAACUAGCUGAAGAGAAAACCUCAGAUGGAUUACCAAGGAUAUCGAAAGCGCAGUUGAAUGAUUAUUCGGAGAAGAUAGAAGCCAUUGCUUCGAAGUUGGCUGUCCCCGUGUCAACCAUGCAAGAAUCUGAGAAACCUUCUGAUAUAACUCCUAUAGGAGAAAGCCCUUCUAAGACCAAAGGAGAAAGUCCAAUUCUUACUUCCCCAAAAUUGAGGAGAAGAUUUGUGCCCCAAUCGAACGUUGAAGAUAGACCUCAUAAUCAUGCUGACACUAAUAACUCGGCUCCUGUCAAAUUGGAUGCAGCAGCACAGACUCAUAUUCAAAAGCACAGAAAGCUUCAAGAGGACUUGACAGAUGAAAUGGUGGGGUUGGCACAGCAGCUUAAAGAGAGUAGUCUCGUCAUGAGUCAAUCCAUCAAAAACACUGAGAAAAUUCUUGAUUCGACAGAGGAGGCCGUUGAACAUAGCUUGGCUAGCACUGGUCGUGUCAAUACACGAGCGAUGGAUAUAAACUCGAAGACAUUCAAGACUACGUGUUUUACAUGGCUUGUGAUGUUUGUAAUGACAUGUAUCUUCAUCAUGGUUGUACUUCUUAUUCGUGUCACCUAGGUACUAUUGCUGUAAGAAACAUACACAGAGUUACGCUUAUGAUUGUGUCUGUAAGGGUAAUCUUCGUGGUUCUGUAAUUUUACCAAAUCAAAAUGAAGCCAGUUUAUGUAUA